AGUUUUCUACCCUCUACCGGCGCAAGAGAAAAAUGACACGACAACAAAGAUGGCGGCGCCUAUGAGCAACGUGGAUGAAAUUCGUGAUAGAGUAAUAUUGGGUGAAUUUGGCGUAAAAAAUGUCCAUACUACAGAUUAUCCAGGAAAUUAAAAGCCCCUGAAGACUCUUCAGAUCCCAAGGACUUAUAGCUCAAUCACAUGGUCUACUCGGGUGACAUAAAAUGGCUCCCAAUUGGAAACCAGGCCGAUGUGUUUGCAGAUGCCAAGAUUGGUCCUGUGCAUGGGGACAUUCUCCUGGCACAACUUCGACCAGGGCAGGAACUUGAUAUAGUCAUGCACUGUGUCAAAGGAAUAGGCAAGGAUCAUGCCAAGUUUUCUCCUGUGGCCACUGCAAGCUACAGACUUCUUCCUGAAAUCACAUUAUUACAGACCAUUGAGGGAGAACAAGCAGAGAGGUUAAAGCGCUGCUUCUCACCAGGAGUUAUUGAGAUACAGAACGUGAACGGAAGGAAGGUGGCUAAAGUUGUCGACAGCCGUUUAGACACAUGCAGCAGAGAAGUUCUCCGGCAUGAUGACUUGAAGAACUUGGUGAAACUGGGCAGAGUGCGGGAUUAUUUCAUAUUCUCAGUUGAGUCCACGGGGAUCCUUCCUCCUGAUGUCCUGGUUACUGAGGCCAUUAAUGUCCUCAUCUCUAAGUGCCAGAAAUUUCUCACAGAGCUUGAUAUGGCAGAAAUGGACUAGAUGGAAGAAAAUAAGGCCAGUCACACUCAUCCCGUAGCUUUGAAUGAAGUCAUGUGAUUGGUUUACUGACACUGUGUGCAUAGCUUUUAAAGCUUUAGCUAAAAAACUCACUUCACAAGUGAAUUCAUCCAAAUUCCAGUGAGUAGUCCGUUAUUUAACUUCAGGCCAUAACUUAACAGCAUUCUGGAAAAUGUUUGACAUUCAUGUUUAUUUAAACAAAAAUUUAUUCCUAAAUGAAUUCAAGCAGUUUCUUUUAGUCAUGUUAAUCCGUUUGGUUUAAGAUGUCAGAGCUAUAUUUGACAAAACAC